AUGAAGAAAGCAGAAGUGGUGUUUAUACCUUUUCCCGGUCCGAGCCAUUUAAUUUCCACUCUUGAGUUUGCGAAGCUUCUGAUCAACCGUGAUAACCGUCUCCAUAUAACCGUCUUGCUCAUGAAAUUUCCAAACUCAAGAGGAACUGAUGCAUACACUAAAUCACUUUCCACCUCCGAUUCGAUCAGCUUCAUCAACCUUCCUGAAUGUUCUCUACCUCCGAACACCAAUCCAAGAGACGCCUUUGGCGCUCUCUUUGAAGCUCAGAAACCAAACGUCAGACAAGCCGUCUCUGAUCUUACUAAUGGUGAACAAUAUGGACACCUCGCUGCCUUCGUUGUUGACAUGUUCUGCACCACCAUGAUUGAUAUUGCCAAAGAAAUUUCUGUUCCUACGCUCGUCUUCUUCACUUCUGGUGUUGCUUCCCUUGGUUUGAAUCUUCAUCUUCACACCCUCCGUGUACGAGACAACGUUGAUCCGACGCAGUUGCAGCAGCUGAAAGAGUUGGUAAUCCCAACUUUUGCCAACCCGGUUCCUUCAUAUUCAUUGCCAGGUUCCGUGCUAAGCAAGGAAUGGGAACCGUUUUUCUUGAACUAUGUCGGAGGCCUCAAGAAGGCCGAUGGAAUCAUAGUAAAUUCAUUUGAAGAGCUAGAAUCCCAUGCUAUUAAGUCCUUUUCUUCUCAUUCCGAACUAGCUGGUUUGCCAAUUAUAUAUCCGGUGGGGCCCAUAUUAACCCCUGAGCCCGAAACCAAGGGCGUCGUUGAGUCUAAUGAUAUCAUCAAGUGGCUCGAUGAUCAAACACCUUCUUCAGUAGUUUUUCUUUGCUUUGGGACCCGCGGUUCUUUCGAUGAGGACCAGGUUAAGGAGAUAGCACAUGCUAUUGAGAACAGUGGAGCUCGUUUCGUGUGGUCUUUGCGCAAACCCCUACCAAAAGGAGUCAUGGCUGCACCCUCUGAAUACUACUCUCUUUCUGAUUUGAGUUUGGUUUUGCCUGAAGGGUUCUUAGAUCGGACGACAGGGAUUGGAAGGGUCAUUGGAUGGGCCCCACAGACCCAAAUACUUGCACACCCAGCUACUGGAGGAUUUGUUUCACAUUGUGGCUGGAAUUCAACACUUGAGAGCGUAUAUUUUGGCGUGCCUAUUGCCACAUGGCCGAUCUUUGCCGAACAACAAGCUAAUGCUUUUGAAUUGGUCGUUGAGCUCAAGAUGGCUGUAGAGAUUGUGUUAGAUUAUAGAGUGGACCUUUUUCAAGGACCUAACUAUCUUUUAACCGCCGACAAGAUUGAGAAAGGAAUUAGGAGUGUGUUGGAUAAUGAUGAAGUAAGAAACAAUGUGAAAAAGAUGAGUGAAAACAGUAGAAAGACUUUGUUAGAGAACGAAUCUUCUCACACUUAUUUAGGUCGUUUGACUGAUUAUAUUAUAAAUCAGAUAUGAAAUUAAAUUAUCUCUCAUUACCCAUUUACAAGAUGGUCAAGGAUUUUAGAGUCAAAUUUUUAUCGAUACUCCAAUAUGUAUUCAACACAUUAUCAUGAAUGCAAUACUAUAGGCAUCUUUUCGUAAAAACAAUAAUGAAGUCGUUUUCGAUUAAUAUCUUUUCCAAAAUUAAUUGUUUUCUAUCAAAUCAAGUUACUAAUAAUAAGUGCCUAUAAGUAUAAAACUAUAUUACAAACUAGAUUAAUUUGGCACUUACCACAUGAUCUUAACUAGAAUUGCCACAAAGAGAAAAUUAAGGCAUCACCUUUCAAGCAUCAGUUUGAUUCUACUUUUUGUAUUUUCUUAGAUUGGUUAACUGUUAUUUCUCUGUUAAGCUUUAUAAUUAAUUAUACAGUUUUCACACUUAUUAUUACAACACUUUCAUUUUCAUGUGCAUUUUAAUAUAUAGGUCCUUGUUUUAUCUGUUCAAUUAAUCUUUUAGUUACAGAUUUGUAGCUAACUACCUGAUAUUUUUGGACUUCAUUCAUGACUUAAUUUUCUGAUUAUAUUUGGAAAAUAACACUAUUAUGAGUAGUGUCUGUGGAAGAAAUUUCCAAUUGGUUUGAUGUAUAGAUUCUGGUAUAAGUCUCGUAAUAGUCUUAUCGUCUGUUUGUAUCCGCGGCAAGCGGCUAAAAAACACACGUCUAUGAAGUUGAAAAUCCUAGCUUCUCAUGGAAAAUUAUUGCAUUGGAGCGUGGUUUAUUGGGUUGCCGCGGUUUUGAAACUUGCUAUCAAACACAUACUUAAUUUCUCAUCCAAGCUUCAUCAUGUAGCAAUUUUUUACUAUUAUGAGACUUAUAAAUCCUAGUCCAACCUCAUAUUUUAGGCUUGCAAAUGGUAAACCAAAAUAGAAGAUGACAUUUCUUGACUUUAGGAGUUGGAUGAUUGCUCUUCGUCCUCCUGAAUUGCUCACACUAGAAAACACACUAUCGAAAACUAUCACCCGGUAAAAUUUACACUACCAGAAAAUAUCUUUUGGUAAGAUUUGCAUUACUAAAAAGUAUCUUCCGAUAAGAUUUCCACUAUCAGAAAAUAUCUCCCAAUAGAUGAGGGACACAUGGUAUUCCUAUCACUUUAGGGGGCAUAGAGCAACCAUCUAAAAGUUGUCCACAUAUGAAAUGAAAAAUAAUACUAGAUGGUUUUAACUGUACCUAAUUUUAUGGAGAAUUUCUUUUUGCCAACCUACUCAUUUUCUCGUGUGCCCUACAAACUUACCAUAAUACCCUUGUCCGCUACUUAGGUAUUGGAUACCCCCAAAGACACCCUACCAAUUUUUUUUAUAAGAUCCAUUACUUAAGUAUCCGACGGCAUUUAAAAAAUUUCUCAAAAAUAUUUUAUUUUUAUAACGUCCACUACUUAAAGUAGCAGAAGAUUAAAAAUGGAAAUGCGUAGGAUGCACGAGAAGUAGGCAGUGCUGCAAAAGAAAGUCUCAAUUUUAUGUGAUGGGUAGGUAUAGAAGUGUUGUCACCUAAAAAAAAGGCAUGCCUACAAUCAUAAACCAUAUAUUAUGCAUUAUUGAAUAAUUCCAACAAGAUAUGGCUAUUCAGAUUGAAUCCUUGUCUACCACAAGAUUUUUCAAUGUCCAUAUAUACGACAGUAGUAAAUAGCCAAAUCCCAAAUAAAAAGACAGAAACAUGUACAGUGUAACCAAAAAUGAUUUUAUCUUCAGAAUUAUUUGAAUUUUUUUGUUAUUGGAAAUCUGUUGCAAUAACACAGCUAAUCAAAUAGAGAUGACUUAAAUACUCAAUAGUUUCUUAGAACAUCUACAAUUUACUUAAGCAAGGCCAUUAUAAAAUUCAAAAUCCUUUUGGCCAAACAACAUGGACCCUUCCUGUGCAAUAAUGAAGAGAUAAAUGCCUCCAAUUCCAAUAUAGAAACAGUAGUAUCAAGGAACCUUGCAAAACACAGCAAAUUAAACUAGUGAAUAUAUUUUGUGCUCCAAAGAUGAAGAAAGCACAACUGGUGUUUAUCCCUUUUCCCGGUCUGAGCCAUUUAGUUUCCACUCUUGAGUUAGCGAAGCUUCUAAUUAACUGUGAUAACCGUCUACGGAUAACCGUUUUACUCAUAGAAUUCUCACGCUCAAAAGAAACUGAUGCUUACAUUCAAUCACUUCCCAUCUCAGAUUCUCUCAACUUCAUUGACCUUCCGGAAUGUUUUGUUCCCCCUAACACUAAUCCAAGAGCCGUCUUUGACGCUCUUCUUGAAGCUCAGAAACCAAAUGUCCGUCAAGCUGUAUCUGAUCUCAUUAAUGGAGAACAACAUGGACCACUUGCCGCCUUCGUUGUUGACAUGUUCUGCACCACCAUGAUUGAUGUUGCCAAAGAGUUCUCCGUCCCUACGCUCAUCUUCUUCACUUCCAGCGUUGCUUGCCUUGGUUUGAAUCUUCAUAUUCACACUCUCCGUGAACAAGACAACGUUGAUCCAACUCAGUUGCUUCAGCAGACUAAGUUGGCUAUUCCGACUUUUGCCAACUUGGUUCCUUCAUACUCGUUGCCUAGUUCCGUGAUAAGCAAGGAAUGGGAAUCGUUGUUCAUGAAGUAUACCGGAGGCCUCAAGAAAGCCGAUGGUAUUAUAGUAAAUUCAUUUGAAGAGCUAGAAUCACAUGCGGUUCAUUCCUUCUCCUCUCAUCCUGGACUAGCUGGUUUACCUAUCAUAUAUCCGGUAGGACCGAUAUUAACUCCUGAGCCCAAAAGCAAAAAUGUCGUUGAGUCGGAUGAUAUCAUCAAGUGGCUUGAUGAACAACCACCUUCCUCGGUAGUUUUCUUUUGCUUUGGGACAAGUGGUUCUUUUGAUGAGGAUCAGGUUAAGGAGAUCGCAUAUGCUAUUGAGAACAGUGGGGCUCGUUUCGUGUGGUCUUUGCGCAAACCCCAACCGAAAGGAGUCAUGGCUGCACCCUGUGAAUACUCUCUUUCUGAUUUGAGUUUGGUUUUGCCCGAAGGGUUCUUACAUCGGACGACAGGGAUUGGAAGGGUCAUUGGAUGGGCUCCACAGACCCAAAUACUAGCACACCCAGCUACAGGUGGAUUUGUUUCACACUGUGGCUGGAAUUCAACACUCGAGAGCAUAUAUUUUGGUGUGCCUAUUGCUACGUGGCCGAUCUAUGCUGAACAACAAACUAAUGCUUUUGAAUUGGUCGUUGAGCUGAAGUUGGCGGUGGAGAUUGCGUUAGAUUAUAAAGUGGAGUUUAAUGGAGGACCUAACUAUCUUUUAACUGCCGACAAGAUUGAACGAGGAAUAAGGAGUGUUUUGGAUAAGGAUGGAGAGGUCCGAAAGAAAGUGAAACAGAUGAGUGAAAAGAGUAGAAAGACUUUGGAAGAGAGUGGUUCUUCCUAUGCUUAUUUAGGUCUUUUGGUUGAUUAUAUUAUGAGUCAAAUAUGAAAUUAAAUUAUCUCAUUACCCA